AUGCGAGAGUUGCUCCAAAACUUUAUCCAUGCCUUCUUCAGAAACCAAAGCAGAUCUCCUUCCCCACUGUUUCUAGAGAGUGCUUCAAGGUAUCUAAGGCCAUCCAGGUUUGCCGGCAUAGGAGAUGACGAGAUAGAGAAUGCAAUCAAGGCCAAAUCAUAUAAGGCAUAUUUGGCAUAUAGAAGAAUGAAGAAAAACAGCAUUACAAAAAUGCUUUGCUAUGUUCUGGCAGAGGUAGCCGACUCUACUCCCUCUAUAAUGGACGAGCUUAACAGAAAUGUGAAAAGAGGCGCCCUGGGAAUCGAGGUUUCCUAUUUCACAGAAUCAAGUCUUGCCUUUAUAAAAGAAAAUGCAGGCACGCAUAUAUACUCAAUCGUGUUCCAGAUAUAUCAAAAUGCAUGCAUAUACAAGAAGCUUAAAUCAGAAACAUUCUUUUCUUCAAAGGCGCAUUCGCACUUCUACGAAAUCGUGAGAGAAGAGCUUCAAAGAUACGAAAAGUCUGUCAUCGAGCAAGAUGAGGAACUUCUUUCGUUUUACACCGGUAUGUAUUCCAUGUAUAUACGAAUUCAGAUAGUUCAUCAGUUAAAUGAGUGCUUUAGAGAUAAUCCCAAGAAGCCCUUUGAGUUUCUUAGAUUCAACUUUAUUUCCAACCAUCCAUUCUACAGAAGGGUUUUGGAAUCAAGCUGCUUGCACAUCAACACCUGUCUCAGAGAGUUCUUGUUCACAGGAUGCUUUAGAGACGAAACAUGCGAGUUUUUUAUAUCCAGAAAGGCAUCCAUAGACCCCUGGGAAGAAUUCAGUAUCGACUUUGGACUUGUUCCUUACUUUAUCAAUAACAGGGUCGCUCAGAAAAUAUUAUACAUAGGAAAGUGCUCGUCCCUCUUGGGAGGAUACAGUGCUGAAAAAAUGGUCGGAUUGGAUAAUCUCCUUCAAGUUCAAGUAUCCACCGAGGAUCAAGGCAAGGUCGUUCAGAGCCAUAGCCUCCUUGAUGAAGAGGAAGAAAGCAGUGACAAGCAUAUCGACAUCCUGAAUCCAGAUCUUGAGGAGAGUAUAGACAUAAUGCUCUAUAAGAUCAAUAAGAAGGUAGAUCGUGUUUUUCUUAGAAACCCUAGCAUAUCUAGCCAGAUAGGCGGAAUCAAAAACACUUUUUUGUUUGGUAGAUGCGACUUCAUUGAAACGCUUUUUCUCUAUCUAAAAGACAGCAAGGAUCUCAGUAGAAAAAGCUUCAGCUAUAUUCUGGACCUAGCCAUUAGAAACACCUAUGGGGGUGUUGAUGAAUUUACCUCUAAGCUGGGGGUAUACAUCGUGGACGAUGAAAACAAGUAUGAAAAUUUCGCACUGUUCUGUCAAGUAGACUAUCCUGCAAGCAUAAUAGUCACAAAGGAAAGCAUCCUUAAGCUUGUAACAAUAUUUCAGUUUCUUUGGAAGCUGAAGAGAGUUGAGCAUCUUCUUCUAAGAGUUUCAAAGAUGGAAAUGCAAAAGAAGCUCAAGAUAAAGGUUAUUUCCUACAAAACCUUACUUUAUAAAAUAAGCUAUUUUGUUUUUGAGGAGGUGAUAGCAAGAAAAUGGAAGUUCUUCUCUGCAGUUGAUGAAAUGCCUCUGGACGGGCUGAGACUAGGAAUAGAAAGGGCUUUAGACGAGGUUAUAGGUAUAUGCCAAAUCGGAGGGUGUAUCGAGGCUCUGCUUGAUUCAAUGAAGAACUCAUUAAUGGAUGUAGGAACAGGAUCAUCUUUGUUUAAGGAUUCCAGGAUCCAAGGAAAACUAUCGGAGCUAAUAGAAACAUCUAGAGAUAAUUUUAUUGGGACGUCGUUAUAUGACCUCCACAGAUAUGCUUAG